AUGGAAUCCCCAUUUUCAAGCUUAGUUUUUGUGGUUUUGGGGUUUGCUAUUAGCUUAUGUGCUCUUCUUGUCGAGUCUCAAUCUCAACACUUAUCGCCACCUCCCCCGUCACCACCUCCACCACCUCCACCACCUUCAUCGCCACCGCCUCCACCACCUCUAUCGCCACCGCCUCCACCACCUCUAUCGCCAUCGCCUCCACAAUCUCCGACCCCGCCACCUCCGGAAUCUCCGACCCCGCCAUCUCCGAACUCCCCAUCUCGACCAGAUUCUUCGAAUUCACCAUCUCCACUAGAAUCUCCUGGCCCGCCACCACCUGAUCGCCCCGCAAAUCAGCUCAAUUCCAAGAAUGAUCAGAAGAGACUGCCACCUCCCUCACAUAGGGGGCCAAGACCGACCAAUAAUCGCCGUCCGCAUCCUCCACCGCCUCAUCCUGGCCACAAGUACAAUGCAGGGAAGAAGAUUGGGCUGUUGUUUGUUGGUAUGGCUGCCAUUCUUCAGAUUGGUGUGAUUGGGUUCUUGGUUUUCAAGAGAAGGCAGCUGCUAAGAGUGAAGGAUAGAUAUGAGACUUGUUCUUGA